AUGAGGGUAAUCAAUUACCGAUGUCCAAAGUUCUUUCAAGAUAAAUUGUUUACAAUCAUGCAAUCAUUAUCUGUCUAUGCGCGAUUAUUUGCACGUGCUAUCAGUGGUACAGAAGUUGAAAAUAUCCUUUUCAAUAGUCUAAUACGAUUGUCAUCGUCGUCAUCUGCUCAUGUAACACCAUCAUCUCAUCGUCUUGCUAUAACAUGUCCAUCGUCAGCUAUAAGACGUGCUGUACAUCUAGUCACUGCAUCAUCGGGCUAUUCAAGUCAUGAUAAUGAUGAAAAUGAAUGUCGAUCGAAGACACGACAAAGAAACGCUUCCAGUGAACAGCGAUCCAACAUCUAUGGAGACGAUGCUUUUUUCGUCACUAAACAUCGCCUAGGAGAUUUCCUUGGUGUAGCAGAUGGAGUUGGCGGUUGGCGUGAACAUGGAAUCGAUCCAUCUUUAUUCUCCAGUUCACUGAUGGAUGCUUGUAAAUCAUUGAUUGAUAACAAACUUCUAGAUUUAAAUCCAACGACACUCAAAGAAUUACUAUCCAAAGGCUAUAAGCAAUUAUUAGAAGAUAAACAAUGUAUUAUUGGAAGCAGUACUGCAUGUAUCGUUGCUUUGCAUAAUGAAAAACGGAUUUUACAUACAGCGAACUUAGGAGAUAGUGGUUUUGUCGUGAUUAGAAGGAACCUAAUUGUACAUCGCUCACAAGAACAACAGCAUUACUUCAAUUCCCCAUUCCAAUUAGCUAUUCAUCCGACAAUCAACGAUCCACGUUUAAUUGCUGACAGUCCGGAUUUGGCUUCAGUCACAUCAUUCAACGUCGAAGAAAACGAUAUUAUUGUUAUUGGAACGGAUGGUCUAUGGGAUAAUUUACCUGAUGCGGCCAUCGUCGAAGAAAUGAAAAAACUAACGGAAGUAACAUUGGAUAAUCUACAACGAACAGCGCAACGCUUAGCCAAACGUGCACUGGAAAAUGGUCAUGAUCCGAACUUCUAUUCACCCUUCGCUCGAAGUGCCAAACGUUCACUGGGUAUUAACAUAUGCGGUGGAAAACCCGAUGAUGUGACUGUACUGCUUGCUGUGGUGAAAUCAAUAUGCCUAUAA